GGCUUCCCACAAUCUAUACAUAACAUAAAAAUUAUUUCCCAUUUUUACUCCAAGCUGCCUUCACCAAAUUAAUGAAUAUAUGAUAAAUUUUAAAAUUCCAUUCAUCUUCCCUAAUUCUGCUUUCCCUUUUUUCCCGUUCCCCAUUUUCUCAGUUUUCAAAAAUGGCUCCCCGUCGAUUCCUCAGCCGCAUUCCUAAAACCUCUAAAACCCUAAUCCCUUCACUUCACAACUCCACAAACACCAUAAAAAAUGGACCCCAAAUUCACAAAUUUAUCUCCUUUUUUCGAAUUUCUACUGUUUGUAGUACUAGUACUAGUAGUUCUUUACCCUUAGUCAGAUCAAUUCAUUACGAUUCAGUGAAUACCCAUGUCAAUUCCAAUGCUAAUCACCAAAACCCAAAUCCCAAAAACCCAGAAAUUAUCCAGGAAGCAGAAAGAAUCUGCAAAAUUUUACUGAAAAACACUGAUGUUUCGACGAACAGUGUUGCUGAUUCUUUGAAUUCUGCUUCAGUAAAUGUGAGUCCUUUGUUAGUUAAUGAGGUUAUAAAGAAGCUCAGCAAUUCUGGGGUUUUAGCUUUAUCUUUCUUCCGUUGGGCUGAGAAGCAGAAUGGGUUCGUGCAUACUGCAGAGAGUUAUCAUGGUUUGCUUGAAGCUCUAGGAAAGAUCAAGCAGUUUAAGAUGGUUUGGAUUUUGAUUGAUGAGUUGAAAAACAAAGGGUUAUUGUGUAAAGAAGCUUUUGCACUCGUUUCGCGGAGAUUUGCUCGUGCGAGGAAGGUUAAAGAAGCUAUCGAGGCGUUUGAGAGGAUGGAGAAGUAUGGAUUGAUGCAUGAGUUGCAAGAUUUUAAUAGAUUACUUGAUACAUUGAGUAAGUCUAGGCAUGUUGGGAAUGCACAAGAGGUGUUUGAUAAAUGGAAGAAUAGGAAAUUUAAGCCUAAUAUUAAGUCGUAUACGAUAUUGUUAGAAGGUUGGGGUCAAGAAAAGAAUUUGUUGAGGUUGAAUGAAGUUUAUCGCGAGAUGAUGGCUGAUGGUAUUGAGCUUGAUGUGGUGAGCUAUGGAAUCAUGAUCCAUGCUCAUUGCAAGGUUAAGAAGUAUGAUGAGGCGAUUGAGUUGUUACACGAAAUGGAAAGGAAGAAGAUUAAGGCGACGCCUCAUGUGUAUUGCACGUUGAUAAAUGGUUUGGGAUCGGAUAAAAGGUUGAUUCUGGCUCUUAAGUAUUUUGAGCUGUAUAAGGGUAGUGGUUUUGAGCUUGAGGUGUUUACGUAUAACGCGAUGGUGGGAGCUUAUUGCUGGUCUUUGUGUAUGGACGAUGCAUAUAGGUUAGUUGAUGAGAUGAGGAGAAGUAAGAUUGGUCCAAAUACCCGAACAUAUGACAUCAUUCUUCACCAUCUUAUAAAGGCCAGAAGAAUGAAUGAAGCUUAUACGGUGUUUCAGAAAAUGAGCAAUGAUCCUGGCUGUGAACCGACUGUGAGCACAUACGAGAUAAUGGUAAGGAUGUUCUGCAACGAGGACCGGACAGAUAUGGCUCUAAGGGUCUGGGAUCAGAUGAAAACAAAGGGAGUUCUUCCUGGAAUGCAUUCGUUUUCCACGUUGAUUAACAGCUUUUGUCGUGAGAAUAGAUUGGAUGAUGCCUGCAGAUACUUUCAAGAAAUGCUUGAUAUGGGCAUGAGACCUCCACUUCCAUUGUUCGAUAACCUAAAACGCGCACUUCUUGACGAGGGAAAAGAGGAUACUGUUAAAGCUUUGUGGAGGAAACUUGAGAAACUAAGGAAAAGUCCUUUAGUUGGCUAAAGACACCUUAAAGAUGGAAUCAUUUUAAUGUAGUAGUAGUAUUUUUGACAAUUGAAUUGGUUGAAGUUUAUUGUACCGUCAAUGCGUUUCAUUAUGUCCAUUUCUUUUUUGUCCCCAUUUUUAAAGCUUUGUGGAGGAAACUUGAGAAACUAAGGAGAAGUCCUUUGGGUUGGAUAAUGUUUAGCUUAAGAUGGAAUCUUUUUGACAAUUGAACUGGUUGAAUUUUGUUGUAGCAUCCAUAUGCUUUAUAAUGUCCAUUUUCUUUGUGGU